AUGCGGUUUGCUCUUGCGGCUCUGAGUCUGCUGUCCUCCACGGUGUUGGUAACAGCCCAGACAUAUACAGACUGCAAUCCGACCCAGAAAACGUGCCCCGCUGAUCCCGCAUUUGGGCAAGUGGACAAGACGUUCGACUUUACAAGUGGUGCCUCGGAUGCCUUCAAGUCCACAGGAGCCGUCACAUAUGACGAUGAGAACGGGGCAACUUUCACCAUCUCCAAACAGGGGGAUGGCCCACUGAUCCAGUCUGGCUGGUAUAUCAUGUUCGGCCGUGUGGAGUUCACUAUCAAGGUCGCCCCAGGAACCGGUAUCGUGAGCAGCGCAGUUCUGCAGUCCGAUGAUUUGGAUGAACUGGACUGGGAAUGGCUCGGCGGCAAGAGCACUGAGGUGCAGUCCAACUACUUUGGGAAAGGAGAUACCAGCACCUACAAUCGUGGCGCUUUCCACUCCAACCCAGGCAACCAAGACAGUUUCCACACCUACUCGAUCGACUGGACCAGCAGCCAGAUUGUCUGGGCGAUUGAUGGCACAACCGUUCGGGCCCUCACUCCCGAAUCGGCAGACACAGGCCAGUACCCGCAGACUCCCAUGAUGGUCAAGGUUGGCGUGUGGGCUGGUGGUGACUCGAAUAACGCCCAGGGUACCAUUGACUGGGCUGGUGGCGUGACGGACUAUAGCCAGGGACCCUUCAAAAUGUACCUGAAGAAGAUGACGGUGACUGACUACUCCACUGGAAGCUCGUACAAGUAUGGUGAUACCAGUGGUACAUGGGAGUCUAUUGAGUCUGAAGGAGGUGAGAUCAAUGGCAACAGUGGUUCGGAGCCUUCCUCCACUCAGUCUGCACCCAGCAUCACUGCUACUGCCGAUGGUGCCCCGGUUCCUUGGAGUGGAACACACAAAGAGACUUCUAGCUGGGUUACCCCCAAUGUUUGGCCUUGGGUGGCCAGUGACUCUCCGACUGCUUCGUCGACAGGCUACCAGUAUGACUGGGAGUCACGCUCCAGUCGCAUCCAGACGCCAGGCGGCGCCACUCGUGAGAAUUCCUACACACCUGUUUUGCAUUCGACCACUAAGAUCGAACCUUUCUAUCCACAGUCUACCUUCCGCUUUACAUUUGCACUAUCGCAUUCUUCUUCGGUUGCCUUUUCCCAUUCUGGCAUUGAGACUAUGCAGAGAAACUCCACUCGAAUGGCCACGAAAGCCCGCACUUCGACUGUCACGACCACGACUGCCACUCAUCAACCAACUACCAAACAGGCUGGUAAUUCCCAAACCUCGGCCUCAGCCACGAUCUCUGGCCCUCGUGCUACUGCAACGGCGAGUAAAGCGAAUGUCCGACUCGUGGUUCCAGCUUUUGCAGGUGUCUUUUGUGCCCUGUUCAUUGGAACACUUUCCUUGCUUUAA